AUGAAAUACGGUGAAUAUUUCGAGGCCGCCUCGGUGCCUCGCUGGAGCAUCCACAAUGUCGACUACAACUCGCUCAAGCACCUCAUCAAGCUGCACACGACAAAGGGCCAGGCCCGUGCCAUGACCAUACCCGGCCAGACCAAUCAAGCCCUCGAGCGCUUCGAAACCGACUUUUACCACGAGUUGCAGCUCCAGCAUGAGCGUGUCGACCUCUUUGUUGCUAGUAAAGCCGACGAAAUUUCGAGACGCUUGACCCACCUUGCCGGCCUCAUCAAUGCCCUGAUCCUGCGCUGCAGCAUUGGCCGCCAGGGAUUCAGCAAUAAGAGGCAGAGAAAGUUUGUCAGGUUCCAGCAGCAAGUAGUUGAGUGUGGCGACGACAUUAGGGAUCUCCAGCGCUUCGUGCGCGCUCAAAACGAAGCGUUCCGAAAGAUUCUGAAAAAGUACAAGAAAUGGACCGGUUCUACGACACUCACGAGUCGAUUCCAUGACAAUGUUCUCGGCAGUUACAAAAGUUUCACCAGGCGCGACUUCAGCCCGCUGCUGUUACAACAAAGAGAGGUGCUUGCAACACUCGAAGCCGCAUCUCCUCGCAUAAAUACCCCAAGCCAAGGCGAGACUGGCAAUACUGCGAAUAUCAACCAGCCGAUGCGCGGGUCUCGAACAAGCAGUCGCCAGUCAUCGCAAGCCCCUGCGACCCCAGUUCUUAAGCAGCCUGAGCCAGUAGUCAGGGGUUGGAACGAAUACGACAACGGUAGCGAGGCUGGUGACGAUUCCUAUUACAUUGAACUCGACCCCAACGAAGAUUCCAGCAUGUUUCCCGGUAUGGACACCAUGAAAAGCGUGUUCAAGGCCCCCGUCAGGUCACUUCGCAGUCUCUUCUCGCGCUCCUCGUUGGGAGAGGCCGAGCAUCGACCACUACUGAAUGGCAACCAGGUCACAGACUACUUCAGCGCCCAUCCGUCAACUCACGCCACGGAUACAGAAGCUAGCGACAACGAGGACGCUUCUUCGGCCGAAUAUCCUACAUAUGGCUACUCGGCCCAUUAUGCAGCAUUGCCCAGUGUCGAAGCCCAACGUGCCGCGCGUUUCAGAGAAACUGUCUUGCAUAGGAGCAUCAUUCUUUCGUACUUGAUGGCCAUCAUUCUCACCAUUAUUGCUGGGGUCCUGGUCGCCACGGGAAGGCAUAGACUUCGUCUUGAGGUCGAUGCUGGUGUCAUUCUGGCCGUCGUCGUCAGCUUGUUUUCUGGUUGCAUGAGUCUUGGAGCCAUGCUAUAUCGUGAAGACAGGCUCAGCAUAAUGUACCAGGCUGCCACAUGGGUGACAUUCACAGCAAUCUGCUUGCUCAAUGGAAUGUUACUUGUGCUUGUCGUGGGCAGCAAUGGUAUAUAA